GUAACUUGUGACGACAUUUUUUAGUAGCACUGAAAAUAGUUUUUAGAUAAUUUGCAAAUAGUUGGCAUAACUGCUGAGAUAUUGUGAAUAAAAAUGAAUAAGCUACCGGAACAUGACUGCACUCUACGGCAGGAUACGUAUGAUGUAUUAAAACAGCAAAGGCAUCUCGGAAUACAAUACGACAAUACGUGCAUCGUAGUUCGGCCGUUGGGUCACAGUCUGUAGUGGCUGCCGUACUGCCGUAGUUCGUCGACCACGUAAGGUUGUCGAUUCUGGUGUUUUCAUAGAGUGGCGCCGGAAAUGGCAUAGAUUCAUAAUGUUGAGCCGGAAACAUCCUUUAACAGCAUCCCAUUACAAAUCCGCAGCGUUAUGUAGACGAGAAGAAAUAAGACACAUCAUCACUCACAAAAACAUCAUCAGUCCGUUUAGUAUGUGUUGGUUGUACUGGGAGUUUUGCAUGUUUGCAUAUUACCUGUCCAGAUUCUUCCUCGUAAGCGUUGUUGUUUCAUUCCGUUUUGAAGAACUCGGGAUAGGGCUUCUAUCUGCAAGAAUAGGAAUGGACGCGUUGAUAUAUUGUGAUAUAAUCAAAAACUUUUUCACUGGGUACUUUGAUAGUGAGAAGAACGUUACAGUUCUGAAGCCUCGCCUUAUCGCGAUCAAAUACCUGAAGUUUUAUUUUUGGGUUGAUUUUAUCUCAACAUUAACACCCCUGAUGUAUCCAUUCAGAAUGGUAUACGGAAAAGGCACAACCAUUGAUUUAUGCUGUGAAGUAGUUCGCUUUUUGCGAUCUUUAAUGAUAAUCAGAGUGAAAAGAUGGUCAUAUACCAUGGAACUGUUUAGGCAGUACAUGAAUUUGUCCAGCUAUCUAUCCAAAGCAGCAAAAUCAUUUUUGGCAUAUAUAAUAGUGAUGUGCUGGCUAUACACUGUCUAUAUGAACGUCCGAAAUGUAAUGUAUGAUUAUGUCUAUCACGAGCAAAUUAAACAGGUGAAAUUGAGAAGAUAUUUUUCUAUUACUCUGAUAUUGCUGUUAGUAAGUUAUGGGGCCGAUCCUUCAAGAAAAUUGCUAGACGCUUUGGUUACCAUAGUGUUCAUUGCCAUUGGAUUUUGCAUGCAGAUGUAUUUAUAUGCUCAAAUAUUACAAGUAUGGAAGAAAUUAUCGAAUGCACAGAACAAGAACGAUGCCCUAUUCCGCCAAUUCAAAGAGUACAUGAAAUAUAAAGGUUUGCCCAUCCAUCUUCGCGAGAGAGUAUUUUUGUUUUUUAGCUUCAAGUUUCAGAACGAGUUUUACAGGGAAUUACAUAUCAACAAAAUGAUAUCAGAUAACUUGAGACAGGAAAUACUGCUGCACGUGACCAAAGUGCACAUCCAACGUGUCGAGUUGUUCAGCAGUCUUCCAGAAGAUGUGUUGCAGAAAGUGGUCUCCAGACUCAAGUCUGAAAUCUUCUUACCUGACGAGGUCAUCGUAGAAGCUGGAAGUACCGGAAGCUGCAUGUACUUCAUUCAGUUCGGUACAGUGGCAGUUUAUACAAGAGCUGGAAGAGAAAUUUGCCACUUACAAGAUGGCGCCCACUUUGGGGAAAUAGCUUUAGUUUUCAAUGAGACUAGAGUCGCUACUGUGGUCGCAGUAACUGCUUGUGAAUUGUACAAACUCAAAAGAAUCGACUUUUUCGAGGUGAUUGAAAAUUAUCCAGAGCAGAAGCAGAAGGUCAUUGAAAUGGCCAUACAGCGUCUCUUAAUUACUUAAUAAGAAACAAAAUGUUUUUUUCUAUGUACUUUGAGAUAUCCAUGGAAGAACUCGUCCCUGAGAGCCAUCUGCUAUUUUAACUUCAGAAUUAGUUUAUUAAAGUACAAAUCGUACAUAGAAAUGCAGUCGAUGUUUUGUCAACGUUGGUUGUAUCUUGGUUUGUCUAAUUAUUUAUAUACUUAAGAUAUAUCUACCGGGUGUGCCAUUUAUAAAGGGCUCCGGCAAUAUCUCGGCAACUCUACCUAGCUAUCGUUAAAACAAAUUAUAACAAAAAUGGCUAAGAGAAAUUGAUAAAUAUUAUUUUCAAGUUCCUAAAAUAGCUGUGACCCACACUAAAGUAGGAAUUGUCGAACACUCAAAAAUCAAUAUAUAUAUUUAGGUAUAGUUGAUUCAUUAGUUUCAUUUGAAAGUGUAUUAAGGUAUGAUUCUAGUAUUGGCUAAGUUUUGUCAAUUCAGUUAUUUUUUCCAUCUGUUGCCAUCUGGUAAGUGGCGCUCAAUGACAAAAUCACCAAGUAUGUUUAAAAGACAAUGGUAUUACUUUUCAUUAUUCGCAAAGUACAUGUAAAAUCGUGUAUGCUAGUGAAAACCAUAGGCCGUUUUCCAUAUUGCUAUUGUUAUAAGUAAAAUUAAAAUUUAUUCAGUGUUCAUGUUUAGCUGGAUUAGGUAAAGCAUUGACACUAGGAUAGGUGUAUCAAAUGUAUUACUUAAGUACAUACUUACAUAUAAACAGAAAGUGAAAAAAUUUAGAAAAUCUUGUUUGGGAAUCUUUUUUUAUAUAUUAAAGGUUAGGUAGCGGGAUGUGGGUUUAAUGUACCAUUUUGGAGAGUCGUCAGAUUUCCGUUAGGUUACAUCGAUGAGUAUAAUCAGACAGCCCUUCGGAGGAGCCACAAAAUUGUAUCUUGCGAGUCAUGCCGUGUCACUCAGAAACGGAAGCAAAAGAAUGAAACAGAAUAGUACAGUUUCAAAACUAUUCGUAUUUGUUUCAAGAUGUCGCUUGAAGAUGAAGCAGCUUCUGAUAUUCCCGCUGUAGAUUUUUAGCCGAUUAUUAUAAACUAAUGUUAACAGUUUCAGCAUUUUUGCUUCUUUAAAUUAUUCUUUUGCUUCUGUUGUUAUGGCUCACUAGACUCACUGAGAUUCCUUCGAAAGACACUCUUCAAUGGUCUUUACAUUCAAUACUCGACCUAACCAAGCAAUAAUCAGCUCAACCAAUUUCAGAGCGCAAACAAUAUUCUAAAGAAGUUAUUGUUGAUUUUUUACAUAUAGCAGCCAGGCAGUCUGAGUAGGUGCGAUUCACUAACAUUGUGUCAAGGAAUAAUUUCUUUGCGUUUGUGUUUUAAUUAUAUAAUCCCUCUUGCGGUCACGGUUAAGGCGUGAAGGUGACUUUUAACUCAUUACGUAUUCAAAAGUUAUUUAAAUACUUCAUGUAAUAUAACAAUCAUCGCUUCACCGCUGUACCUAAUCUAAAUUAAAAUUUUAAAUAAAUAUUUUUAGUCAAAACUUUAAAACGAAUAAAGAUAAGGACAUAUAUGUCUUUCAAAGACGAUUGAAAUUUUCGAAAAAAUUCAGAAAAACGGCGACUUUGUCAUUAAGCGUCACCUAACGGAAGAACCGACAAAACUUAACAACCGCUAGAAACGCCAUUCUGAAAGAAAACAAGACCACGGAAAUUGAUAAAACGAACCACAAGUUCCACCACUUUUCCUGACAUUACGCUGAGCCCUCACCCAUUCAUAAGUCAAUCAAUUAACAAAAAAAUUAUGAAAGAGCAAAACAUGACUACUAUCCAAAGGACUUUUUUAGAUAUGUGUUAAUUUUGAUUGUUCGUGGAAAUUGGUAUUUCUAGUUUUGAGGUUUGAGUUACGGCCCCUAGCGGUUAUUUUAGGAAGCUGAAAAUAAUUUAUAAUAAUUUCACUUUUGUUAUAAAAGGUUUUACCUGGUAGCUCGAGGUUUAGUCGUUACCGAGAUGCAGCGGGCGUCCUCUACUAAUAAACAAUUCGGUACAUGGUAUUGUGUUAUAGUUUACGUUAUAUUAUGUUGUACCUCAAUAUGAAUAAAAGGUUAGUAGAA